GCCGGAGGGCGGUGGCGCGGUGCACGUCGGGAAGGCGGUGGAGGCCUCUUCGGCUUCCCGGGUGCCAUGGUUGGGGGCGAGGCGGCCGCCGGUGCCGCCGCCGCGGUGGAAGAGCUGGUCUCGGGUGUGCGGCAGGCAGCCGACUUCGCAGAGCAGUUCCGCUCCUACUCGGAGAGCGAGAAGCAAUGGAAAGCGCGCAUGGAAUUCAUCCUGCGCCACCUGCCCGACUACCGCGACCCGCCCGAUGGCGGCGGCCGCCUGGACCAGCUGCUGUCCCUGUCCAUGGUGUGGGCCAACCACCUCUUCCUGGGCUGCAGUUACAAUAAAGACCUUUUAGACAAGGUGAUGGAAAUGGCUGAUGGAAUUGAAGUGGAAGACCUGCCACAGUUCACUACUAGGAGUGAAUUAAUGAAAAAGCAUCACAGCUGAGACCAAAGAUGAACAGACUUCCAUCAGCUGCAGGCUUACAGGGGGACCAAUGAACGGGACACUGACUACAUAGCUCUUGAGACUUCCAGAAUUGCCAACAGGAAGAGGCAGGUGGAGUGAGAAAGUCUGUCUCAAUUGGCAUUUUCAAAAGUCCUCCUCGUUCCAGUAGCCAUCACUGUAAAAAUAUGCAUGAAUAUUUACGUAUUUAUAAAUCAUGGGGUCUAAGAUGAGCUCAACAACGUUGUACAAGCCAUAAGCCGUCUUUCCUUUUCUUUUUUUUUAAUAAGUGCCAAACUUCUUGUGCAAAUGCUUUUUUUUAUAAAUAUUGAUGUAAUAAUGGCACGUGAUAAUUUUAUAGUUUGGAUUUUUUCUACAGUGUGUGUGUGUGUAAGCGUGGUUCUGUUUUAUGGCUUUUUUUCCCCAGUGAUGCAAACCAGAUCCUUUUAUUUCCUUCCACCAACCUGAAGUUUAUCCUGUAUCCAUACCCUACUGGUACAGAGUAAGUCUUUUCAUAGGAGACGGGAAGCAGGUCAUGGGCCUGAGGUGCCCGCCGCCCGAGGGGAAGAGGCAGUCUACAGAGCAGCAUCUGGCCUUAGCUGUAGAUUCUGUGGGGCUGCUAGCUGCUGCCUAAAGCCCACUCCCCCACCCUGGAGGGUACCUGAGGCUGAAGUUCUGACUUGAGGAACCACCUUACAUAUAUACUUUUUAACAAAUACUUAUAGUGUGAUCCUGCUUAGCUGUAAAAUUGGAGACUAUUCCCCCUGGAGUACUGUGUUUAUUUCGUUCCUGUCUUCUUGUGUCUUAGCCGUAAAUCCCUGCCAUAGGCCCGGAUCCUGGGAGGACCGUCACUGGGGGCAGCAGUGUGAACGUGCAUUACAGUCACAGGUGUCUCCAUGCUUAGCUGUGGACCUGGCCUUAGCUUCCUCUGAAGGAGAGCCACAGAGGCUGGGGCUCUGCGUGAAGGCCACACAGCACAUCGGGGCAGCUACUAGUGCUGGUCUCCCUCCUGGCCACCAGAGUGGACUGAGGGAUGAAGUCAGAAUCUCUGAUCUGUAAGCUUCUCCGCUCUAAUGAGCCUGAUAUGGCAAAUAGAAGUCACCAAAGCUACAGAAUAAGCCACAGUAAGGCUGUAGACAGCCAGUGUUAGAAGACAAGGGCAGCACUUGGUGAACUUAGUGUUGUCUUUUCCUCUAAUGUAGCCUUGCCAUUUCUAUUCUGAUUAUUUGGACAGAAUUGUAAGACUUACAGAUCAAAUUAAGAAAUGGGGGGAGUAUGAUUACUCAUUUAAAAAUGAGUUUUACAUAGGUUUCUCAUGAAUUUCAUUUUAUAUGUAUAAAGCCCCAAAAUAAAGUAAUAAAAUUUAAAUUAUUGUAUGACA